CGAAUUGGUAUUAAUAAAAAAGUUACAUUUAUUGAUGUAAAAGUCUUAUAUGAUAAAGCAGACAAUAUUUACUACUCUAUAGAAAAGCAUUUCAGUAAUGCAGAGUUCAAACGAUUUAACGUCAAUAGUGGUCUAAUUACAGAAUUUCAUUCUAUUCUCGAAGCAUUUGCACAUUUCACUUAUCAAUACACUGAAGGAUAUUUGGUAGUUUAUGACUUACAAGGAGUUGAUCUCGAUAAUGAGUUCUUAUUAACAGAUCCAGCUAUACAUUGUGUUGAUUUAUUAAGAUUUGGAAUAACGAACCUUGGAAAGAGUGGUAUUCAAAGAUGCAUUUUGGCAAAUCAUAAAUGCAAUAAUAUUUGUGAAAAGUUAAAUUUAAAGAGUAUUAAUUCGGAAUGA